AUGAUAAUGGGUGUUUAAGUACCUAUCUUUAUAUAUUGCCAAGUAGUAGCUAGCCAUGCGAUUGGGUAAAGUUUUUCUAGCCUAGCUAUUUUCUUCAGUACGGAAAGUUCUCUCUGAUCUCUCUCUCCCUCCCUCUCCCCUUUAAUUGGCAUGCCUGCAUUAUGAACUUCUGGGUUUUGGCAAAUUGACGUCCGGUUUUGCAUAAAUCACCCAGAAGAAAUGGAGAAGAACAAGGAAGAACUUGAUGGUAGAAGCUUAAUAGACUUGGUGUUCUCUUGGCCUCUUGAGGAUGUUCUCAAUAAAGAUCUUCACAAAAAUCAGGUUAAAAAGAUCCCAGAAACAUUCUCGUCAGUGCCAGAUUACAAGAAGUCAUUUGUUCCUUCAUUAAUUGAGGAAACACAUGCAGAUUUGUUUUCCAACAUAACAACGUUGUCUCAAGCACCCACUUCUGAAAUAGAAUGUGUUGUAACAUCUAAAACAUUUAAACCUCCAAAAGACUUGUUUUAUGAAAUUAAAUUAGAGAGCAUUAAAGAUUCUGAGUUGGAGAGCGUAAAAGAUACUGAGAAAGAUGAAGGAAAAUAUGAACCCGAGUCUGGUGAUAUUAUUGCCUUAACAUAUGUUAGACCAAAAUGCAUUGAUGAUUUGAAAAGGCCCAAAGCAUUCUAUCUUAUAGCUUAUGUUCUUCGGCCAAGAGACUUAGAGACAGAGUCUAGUACGGUAUCGAUACUGGCAUCAAAGCCCCUUUUAACUGAUCAGGAAUACAAGCACAAUUACGAGAAGGGAACGCUUUUCGCAAUUUAUCUUAUGAAUAUGACUACAAAUGUUCGUAUAUGGAAAGCACUGAACCCGGAAAGGGGGAACACAAACAUUAUUAAAACAGUACUGCAAGCCAAUUCAGCUGAUAAUGAAAAUUGUUUGACUUGCGUUUCUAAAGGAAAAAACAGUCCUGCCCCUUCUAAUCUACAGGACAUGAUCGACUCUAAUAAUCUAAAUGGCUCUCAAGAAGCUGCGGUUUUAAGCUGCAUUGGUAUGAGAGACUGCAAUCAUCAGAAUCCUGUCAAACUGAUAUGGGGCCCUCCAGGGACUGGGAAAACAAAGACCGUUGGUGUCUUAUUACAUGCACUCCUUAAAGUGAAGUGCAGAACACUAACAUGUGCUCCAACUAACAUUGCGGUUCUGGAAGUUACAACACGGCUGCUGGGGUUGGCUAGGGCUUCGCAAGAGUAUGACCCAUACGGGCUUGGAGAUAUAGUUUUGUUUGGGAAUGGUAAGCGAAUGAAGAUUUAUGAUCGUUUUCAUCUAAAUAAAAGAAUGAAGUUUGGUGAACGUAAAGAUCUUCUUGAUGUAUUUCUCGACUAUCGUGUUGAUGUGCUUGUGAAGUGCUUUGCUCCUCUAUCUGGCUGGAGAAAUGGCUUAGAAUCAAUGGUAUCUUUGCUUGAUGACCCGAAAUCGCAGUACGAAAAAUACUUGAAAAAAAGAAAGGAGGAAAACAAUAAGGGGGAUGAUGAGCUCGAAAAGGACGACAAUGAUGAUCCUUUGACAUUUGAGGAGUUUUUAAAGAAGACAUUCUGUUCAAUUCAUGAGCAACUGAAGUUUUGUAUGGUUAAUUUGUACAGACACUUACCAACUUCUCUAAUACCAUUAGAGGUAGUGAAGAAAAUUAUUAGAGCUUUGGAUCUGCUUAAAUCUCUUGAAACUGAGUUGCAAGGUGUCGGUAUGGAUUGGUUUACAAAGUUGAGUAUAAGAGAAGAGUGCCUUGAUAUAAUGAGAUAUCUGACAUUAUCUCUAACAUCCUCUAUUCCAAAUUUAACUAAUAGUUAUUUAAUAAAAAACUUUUGCUUGGCAAAUGCGUGCCUAGUGUUCUCUACUACAUCAAGCUCUGCUAAAUUAUACAGUACUGAAGGAAGCAUGGAAUUUUUGGUUAUCGAUGAAGCUACUCAGCUUAAAGAAUGUGAAACAGCUAUUCCUUUACAGCUAUCUGGCAUCCGCCAUGCUAUUCUCAUAGGGGAUGAGACGCAGCUCCCUCCUCUAGUUAAAAGCAAGAUAUCCGAGAAUGCUGAAUUUGGAAGAAGUUUGUUCGAAAGAUUAGUCAUGUUGGGGCACAAGAAGCACCUUCUUGAUGUCCAGUACAGGAUGCAUCCAUCCAUCAGCUUAUUUCCAAACAGGGUGUUCUAUGGCAAACAGAUUUCAGAUGGUCCAAAUGUUAAAGGAAGAGACUACGAGAAGCGUUUCCUUCAGGGUAACAUGUACAGCUCCUACUCUUUCAUAAGUGUAGUUCAUGGAAAGGAGGAAGUUGGUCUCGGGCACAGUCCCAAGAAUAUGGUUGAGGCUGCUAUGGUCUCUGAGAUAGUUGCGAAUCUGCAUAAACAAUUCCUUGACACAAAGAAGAAGGUCAGUAUAGGAGUGAUAUCACCAUAUAAGGCUCAAGUUUCUGCAAUUGAAGAGAGGGUUAGAAAAUACAGCAAGUUUGGUAGUGGCUUCACUGUGAGUGUUCGCACUGUUGAUGGGUUCCAAGGAGGUGAGGCCGAUGUAAUAAUUAUCUCUACUGUAAGAUGUAAUGGGAAUGGAUCAAUAGGUUUCCUUUCCAACCUACAAAGAGCAAAUGUCGCACUGACUCGAGCAAGGUAUUGCCUAUGGAUUUUGGGGGAUGAGGUGACUUUACUCAAUAGUGGCUCUGUUUGGAAGAAACUAGUCCUUGAUGCCAAGAAACGUGGGUGUUUCUAUGAGGCCAAUGAGGAUAAGAGCUUGGUUCAGGCAAUUAUUGCUGCCUUGGUGGAGCUUGGCGAGCUUGAUAUUUUACUCAGUAAUGACUCUCUACUUUUCAAAGAGGCUAAAUGGAAGGUUUUCUUCGACAAUGAUUUCCAAAAUUCUAUAGUGAGGACUAGCAAUGUAGAGACUCGUACGAAAGUGCUUUUUCUUUUGGCAAAGCUUUCAAGUGGUUGGCGUCAGCCCCAUGGGACUAGUUCUCAACUUUUAGUGACAUACAAGGUCGAUGGGCAGCUGAAUCUGGUUUGGACUGUAGAUAUUCUCAAGGAAGAUUCGUAUCACAUUCAGGUUAUGAAGGUUUGGGAUGUUGUGCCGUUAUCUGAUAUACCAAGACUAGUAAACCAUCUUUACAUCAUAUUUGGGAGCUAUACAGCGGAUAAGUUGCAUCGGUGCAAACAAAGACAUGUUGAGGGGGGUUUAGUUGUUCCGAUGAGAUGGCCGAUGGACUCAAGUAGUUGUCCAGAACCAGAUAAUGUGUGGCACUUCACAAAACCGCUAUCCUCACUCGGUUUGAGGGAUGAGCCAGAAACAUCAACUGCAACUCCUAGGAACUUAGUUGUUCCAAUGAGAUUGCCAGUGGACUCAAGUAAUUGUCCAGAUCCUGAUAGUGUGUCGCACCUCACAAAAUCGCUAUCCUCACUCAGUCAGAGGGAUGAGCCAGAAACAUCAACUGCAACUCCUAGUCUCAGGGAUGAGGGCCAUGAGGCAGAUGUUAUGGUGUCGCAUGGUUUGGACAGCAAGAGAGAUACAAGAGCCAGCUCAUGCAGUAACGUGGAAACCUCAACUGAAGCUCAAAUGCCGAGUGUUGCAGAUAACUCGAGGUCAUCCUCUAUCUCCAAGUGCUCGAUUUUGUAGUUCAACUACUUGGGUGCUAGUUUGAAUUUCUUAUCCAAAGUUGUAACACCUCGAUUCCAGAACGGGUUAAAUAAAGCAUAUAUUUUUAUAUGUAACAUUUACAUAAA